CACGCCUGCUCACAUUCAUGCUUUCACCAUGUUGCAUAUCGCGGCGGCGAGCACAGUCAUGAAGGUCAUUUUCUUUAUGCUUUUAUGUGUUGUGAAUACUAUUCAUGCUCAACAACACGUUGAUCCGAGUCAAAACCGGUCUAUCACUUGUCGCCCAUUUGGCGCAUGUGAACCAUGCCCACUAGAUGCUCUUCAUGAACCCUUCUGUCAUCCAUUCGGCAACCGUCAACUCAUGCAUUGUUCGAACACGACCAUACCUACACCAAGACCCAAUGAACCAUACCCUAUAUCUCCACCCCCAGGAGCUCUCGGGGAGACUCCUGCAUGGCAGCCUUGCGGCCGUGUUCCCGCACAAGAGCGCGCUGAUUUCUACGAAUUCGUAGCGUGCAACCUGUUUUUUGCUACUGUCGCCAUAGGUGUAUCCCUACUUCGCUCUCGAAGGAUCGAAGCAAACCAAGCUAGACGUCUUGCUGUACGAAUCGGACUUGUUAGAGGUGGUGGAUAGGAUCUUGGUCGAAACUUGGCCUCAAGGUAGCCUGUUCGGUUUCAUA